AGUUAAAACCCCAUAGCAGAUAGUGGUGUGAGCGAAGUGUCUGUGCAGUAAUCUUUUGCCCAGGUUGACAGUCAGAAUUUGAUGACACUGCAAACCAAAUCAACUAGGCAAGCACUAAGCCAGCUGUAGCUUCUGCUGGAGAUUGCGAAAGAUCGUCUGUAAGUGGGACGUAGACAUUCUAAGCUGUGGAUCUAGCCAAGUCCCACAGUUCACAUGUUGCAGCUGCGAUAUUUAGCUCGAGAGUUUGGGCGUUUUGUUUUGGUCAAAUUUCAAUUGCCCUAAAUUAGAGCGUGAACCGUGUGCGAUAGACCUGGUGGUUGCCUGCUACGACAGGGACAGUGUGUUUCUUGUUUUUGUUUUUGCAAUCCACAAGAGGUCGACUAACGGCAAAAGCACCAUUGAAGUGAAAGUAUAAUAAGACGAGUGCAGAGCAUAGCAGUCCGUAGCACAACCACCAGCACCCGGGAACGAAGGCUUCGUAAGAACACCAAGAACGAAGGACAUGUUUUCGUCAUCACAUCAGUAUUAAGAUCUUUCAACAAGCUAGCUUCUGUAACAGUGUGCCAGCUCAUUUUGGGCCCCGUUGGAAUUAAGCAAGAAACACAUAGCAUUCCGCCUAUACCGGAGCUUCCCACAUCCAAGCCAUACACAGAUCGUUGCCAGUAGAUAAGAGAUGCGCCGCAACCUAAGAGUAUUACUAAAGUACGCCAUCGGCGGUGGCUUUGUCCUUCUAUUUCUAACGCUGCUGGUCCGCUCGUUCAACGUGAUGGACAAGCAGAACUCGAUCGAACACGGCGGAGCAGAACCGCAAACCCAACACAAAAAGCAAGGAUCGUUCUUCAACGGUCCACCGAAGAAUGCCAAUUCGAGGAAGAUUGAUUGGCACGACUAUCGGCUGCAGGGAGCCGAAGAGAAGCGAACCGGAAUCGGGGAGCACGGAAUCGCCGGUCAUUUGGAGAAGAAAGACGAAGAAAUGAAGGAUAAACUGUUCAAGAAGAACGGCUUCAACGCUGUACUCAGCGAUUUGAUCUCGUUGAAUCGAUCUCUGCCGGACAUUCGGCACAAGGGAUGCAAGAAGAAGAAGUAUCUGAGUGAGUUGCCCACGGUUAGCGUGGUAGUUCCUUUCUAUAAUGAGCAUUGGAGUACACUGCUGCGAACCGCAUCCAGCGUACUGCUGAGAUCACCCCCGGAAUUGAUAACAGAGAUCAUUUUGGUGGAUGAUUGUAGUACAAAAGAGUUCUUGAAGGACCAACUCGAUCGAUACGUGGAAGAAAACAUGCCCAAAGUGAAGGUAAUCCAUUUGCCGGAGCGAUCUGGAUUGAUCACGGCCCGAUUGGCAGGGGCUAAGGUUGCUACGGCGGAUGUGCUAAUUUUCCUGGAUUCACACACGGAAGCAAAUGUGAAUUGGUUGCCACCAUUGCUGGACCCCAUUGCUGAGGAUUAUCGGACGUGUGUGUGUCCGUUUAUCGAUGUCAUCGAUUGGGAUACGUUCGAGUACCGAGCGCAGGACGAGGGAGCUCGUGGUGCAUUCGAUUGGAAGUUUUUCUACAAAAGAUUACCGCUGCUGCCGAAGGAUUUGGAAAAUCCAACGGAACCAUUCGAGAGCCCUGUAAUGGCGGGUGGUUUGUUUGCCAUUAGUUCCAAAUUUUUCUGGGAACUUGGCGGUUAUGACGAAGGCCUGGACAUCUGGGGUGGUGAGCAGUACGAGUUGAGCUUCAAGAUAUGGCAAUGUGGUGGUCGGAUGUAUGAUGCUCCGUGUUCCCGGGUGGGUCACAUUUAUCGUGGUUACGCUCCGUUCGGAAAUCCUAGAAAGAAGGACUUCCUGUCGCGAAACUAUAAGCGAGUAGCGGAAGUUUGGAUGGAUGAGUACAAGGAGUAUCUGUACGUGAGAGACCGCAAAAAGUACGAUAAUACGGACGCAGGGGACCUCUCGAAGCAGCUGGCCAUUCGGGAAAAACUGCAGUGCAAGCCAUUUAAAUGGUUCAUGGAGAAAGUGGCCUUUGAUUUGAUCGAGAAGUAUCCUCCGAUAGAACCGCCAGACUUUGCCAAUGGCGCCAUUCAGUCUGUAUCGAAUCCGGCUUUGUGUAUCGAUACGCUGAAUCAUGGUGAGAAACAGACUGUGGGUUUGUUUUCCUGUGCUGCCGAUAAGGUUCAACCGCAAGCAAAUCAAUACUUCCAGCUGUCUUGGCACCGAGAUUUGCGAAUCAAAUUUGGAGAAAUGUGCUGGGAUGUUUCCGAAAGCGUUCCGAAUGCGAAGAUUUUACUGUACCACUGCCAUGGAGGGCAAGGUAAUCAGCUGUGGCGGUACGACGUGGAUAGUCAGAUGAUGAAGCAAGGCAAGAAUAAUCGCUGUUUGGAUAUGGAUGGAAGUCGGCGAGAAGUUUUCGUGAAUUCUUGUAGUGACGAUAAUCCAAACCAAAAGUGGAAAUGGGGAUUUGUGAAUAUGACGGCCAUUGGAAACUGGAAGACGUACGGUGCAAAACUAAUCGACUGAGAAAAAUGCGUGAGCUUUCAAAGAGGAAACAUCACAGGAUUUUUUAGGUACAUGAGGUACCGGCUCAAAUAUGAUUUAUGUGAUAAAGACUAUUCGAAACGAUGCAUUGUAACACUGAUGUUGUCUGUUGUACUGAUUUUGGAUUGUAGAAGGCAGCUGUCCGCAUAGUAACAAGAUGUUCUGAAGUACAAGUUUUCAAAUUCCAUUAAUUUACUUGCCAUGUAAGUCAUUCUUAAGGUUCCCUGCAAGUUUCCGCAUAAUGAUAAUCAUAUCUUUACAUAUCUAGUCUGUAAGAUUUUUUUUACGCAUAAGUCGUAGGUUGCGGAACGAAGCAAACAAAUUAAACUUCUAGGAAAUCACUGUCCUUAAACGUAACGCCAGACAUUCCCACGAUAAGUCAAACUAAUAUGUAACAAUACAAGGAGAUUUCGGAAACGCCAAUACAAUAAAAGGGAAGCAAUAAAUGAAAUAUUUUCAAACCCAA